AAGAGAUCUGAUCAUUCGUAAAAUAGUGUAUAGUUUGUACAAGAAUUGGAAUUGAUAUGUGUUCUUAGGUUAGCUAAUAAAUCUAACCUUUCGAGCAGUUUAACUGACAAUUAAACGAAAUGACGUCUUGUUUGGAAAGUAUACAAUCUUUCAAUUGCGUAUGGUUUGAAACAGGUGAAAAGCGAAAUGUACUGGCAUCUAUGCUAGCUGGAACAUUGUUUUUUGUAGGAUGGUGGUUUAUAAUCGAUGCUCAUGCCAAAUAUCCUAGUGAAAUGUCAAAUGCUUAUCACUUGUGUGGAGUAUUUGGAACUAUAUCUCUUUUUAUGAUAAAUUCUGUAACAAAUGCACAAAUAAGAGGUGAUGCAUACAAUGGCGGUUAUUUAGGGGCUAGAGGUGCAAGAGGUUGGGUAUUUAUUGGAUUUGUAAUGGGAUUUGCUGCAGUUUUUGCAGCUUGUUGGAUAUUGUUUGCCAAUUUUGUAGCUGCAGGAGCACAGCAUAAUUGGCCAGGUGUAGGUUUAUUUUUACAAAAUGUAUUUAUUUUCUUGGGCUCUCUUACUUACAAGUUUGGACGAUUAGAAGAGUUAUAGAAUUAUUCAAUAUUUAUAAAUAUCAGAUAUUUUUAUUGGUUGCACAGCAUCUUCUAGCUUUAAUAAGCUUCAAAAUGGAGCAUUUGAAACUAAGGAACAAACAGUUUUAUACAUAUACAUGUAUUGCAUUAUAAAUGGACUAGAGUAAUUCAUGGUGAUAUAUAAUUUAGAUUGCUUAUUUACAUUAAAUCUCAUUACAUUUAAAUAAUCCGUAUGUAUAUCAUAUGAAUAUCAUACUAUUUAUAUAGAAAUAAUUUACUCUACAGUCUGUAUUUUCCCAUUUUUAUGAAUGUUUAUCAUUUAAUUAUCAUUUAUAAUGAAACUAAAUACUGAUUAAACUUCUAUUACAAAGAAGCACAUGGUUAUAAACAUUAUUUUUUACAAGGACUAAUAUAAUUGUUAGUUGUAAGUAAAAACUUGAUACUAUACUUCAGUUUUUUAAAUGAAUUAUGAUUCUUAUCAAUCUAUUUUUAUGUAA